AUGAUCCUUCGUAGAAAUUUCGCCGAAAUUCGAAGAAUUGAAAUGGAGAAGAGAAUGAUCGAGUUGGAAGAAGCCGAAACUGGAAAGAGACAAAGAAAGAUGAAGAAGAAUUGCAAUAUGGUGUAUGUCAAAAGUGUAAAUUAUGAGGGUUGCAUAUCGCCAAAGUAUAUUGAGCAUAUUCAAAUGUUGAAGCGAAACAAAUUGGGCAUAUAUGCUUCUUCCAAACAACAUCCAAUCGAUCAAGGUUUUUAA